AUGGCGGCUAUGAUGUCGUCUGUCAACCCCUUCACACCGGUGACCCCCCCACCGGAAAGCCACGCCUUUCCUAAACCUCCUAUCCAAAGGCCCUACCAGAACAACCUCAAGCGCAAAGCAUCGAUGCAAGAACCCUUCAGCGGCCUAGCCGGCCUCAACGGCCCCUCGAUGAUGGCUCCUCCUCCCGCCCCGACUUCACAGCCCAAGAUGUCCUCAUCACCCAACCGCAGCACCGGCGGAAGCCCCGGCCCUAGCGAUCCAAAGGCCUCUCCUCCUCCUCCCAACGUUGCCGGUGCAAACCUCGAUCCCAAGUACCUCGCCAUGGUAUCUCGCAUUGCCGCCUACUACCAGCAGAGGUGUCAAGCAGUGGCCAACUACCAACAACAACGAUGCCAGGCAUGGGCCAAUAUGCACCGGCAAAGGUGCCAAGAUAUGAUGCAGGCCUCCAUGCUCGUGGUGGCUUGGUACGUUAGGGAUCGUAUCCAGCGCAGGCGACGACGGGAGAAGCGCCGCUUCCGAUCAGGCUUGAGGCGCAGGACGAACCAGAACAAGAUCGCCCGCACAGAAGUUGUCCGCCGCUGGGUCAAGCAGAUCCCCGAGGAGCCAGAGUCACCCAACAACCCCAUCACAGUCGAGCUCGCCGACCGGGCCGAGGCCGAGUUCUCCAUGGACCGCGACCCUCAGCCCGACAAGGACGCCAAGCUGUUUGAGAUGGCCGACAACCUCAUCAAGAGUCAAUAUAAGAAGAUUGAGGUGCCCAUCAUGGGCGUGCUCAACUUUGACGACAGUGACAACGACAGUGAGAGUGAUCUGGAUGAGCCCGAGCAGUUUGAUGAAAUGGAAGAAGAUGAAGAGGGAGAGGGAGAAGAUGAAUACUACGAAGUGGAGGAUGAUGAUCUGUACGAUGAUGAGGACGACAUGGAAUUCACAGGAGACGGCGGAUCCGAGGUGGUUCACCACGGCACAGGCACUGGCUCUGGCAGCCGAAACAACGACCUGAGCGAAUCCUCAGGAUGA